AUGAGCAGCGAUACAGAGACAGCGCCGGACAGCUCUCAGGCUGAAAAGAAUGAGCAUUCCAAGCCAACAUUUCCCGAAGGAGGAUUCAAGGGUUGGAUGACAGUGCUAGCUUGUUGGUGUGUCAUGUUUAACACGUUCGGAUAUAUGAACGCUUUUGGUGUUUACGAAGCAUACUACAAGAAUACUCUCCUCAGAAAUGAAAGCAGCUCCAACAUCGCAUGGAUUGGAUCAUUGCAAGCCUAUUUCAUGUACUCCAGCGGACUCGUGUCUGGUCCCCUCAUGGAUCGAUAUGGACCAAGAAUCAUACUGGUCCCCUGCUCGAUUAUAUUUGUGGUUUCGGUCAUACUAACCAGUCUCUGCAAAGAAUACUACCAGUUCAUCUUGGCUCAAGGCGUUCUUGGAGGUGUCUUCAACGGCCUGACGUAUACCCCAGCUCUGACGGCAGUGAACCAGCACUUCUUCAAACGCAGACCUCUUGCCUUAGGGAUCGCUUCCAGUGGCUCUUCCCUCGCCGGCAUUAUCAUCCCAAUCGCGCUAAAUCGCAUGCUCAACAAAACGUCGCUCGGCUUUGGCUGGUCCGUGCGGAUCCUCGGAUUCAUCAUGCUCGCACUCAGCGUUGUCGCCUGCCUCACCAUUACAUCUAAUGCUCCCAAGCGACGCACCGGAGCACCAUUCCUUCUCGAGGCAUGGAGGAAGCCCGAGUACACUAUUCAAAUCAUCGGUCUAUUUCUAGUUACCUGGGCUCUCUUCGUACCGAUGUUUUACAUCCCAAGCUACGCACAAUCCAUCGGUAUCAGCGUCAGUUUGUCCAAUUACCUUAUCGCUAUUCUAAACGCAGGCUCUUUCGUCGGUCGGAUCCUCGGUGGCGCGCUCGCCAACCGCCUGGGUCGGUUCAAUACCCUUGCCAGCGCGUCCGCUGCGUGCGGCAUCCUGAUCCUAUGCUGGCUGCGUAUCGAGUCUCAUGGCGGGAUGACCAUGUUCUCAGUGCUGUUCGGUUUCUCCUCGGGGAUUGUGAUCGGUCUGUUUACGGCUACUAUUGCCAUGACGGCGCCGAAGCCCAAUGUGAUCGGAUCAUAUAUUGGGAUGGCGCUAGGCGUGCUGGGUCUGGCCAGUCUGACGGGGACUCCGAUCACGGGGGCUAUGAUCAGCACCUAUGGGACUUACGACGGGGCUAUCAUUUUUGCGGGUGUGUCUGCUGUUUUAGGUGCUGGGACCAUCUUUGUCGCUCGGGUGGUAUUUGCGGGCUGGAGACUCGUUGCCUGA